AUGAGCAACUCGGAGAGUAGCAGCAGCAGCAGCAGCGGCAGCAAAAAUGCGAAAUCAGAAGAAAAUCAAGACGAGCUGAUUAUAAAACAACAGCGCGAAAUUGAACAGGAGAUUGCUCAUUCCAAUCCGCUAGUCAGUGAGUCGCAGCCGAUCUCCAGCCUCAACCAGGAGUACCUGGACGAUCCUGUCUACAUAUCAAAAAUUAAAGAUCUCUCCUCCAAGUACCGCGCGAUUCGGCGCAGCCGUCCAGAUGGGAACUGCUUUUUCCGAGCAUUCGCCUACGCUUACCUGGAAUAUUUGGUGCGGAACAAGGACGAAUUUCAAAAGUUCUACGAAUAUGCGUCCAAAUCCCGGGAACGGUUAACCGAAGCCGGCUUUCCGCCAUUUACGAUCGAAGACUUUUAUGAAACGUUCAUGGAGGUGAUUAACAAGGUAAAGCCGGAAGGGGACGACACCGCCACUGCCCUCAACGAGCUGCACAAGCUAUUCAACGAGCAAGGCUAUUCGGAUUAUGUCGUCGUGUAUCUGCGACUAAUUACCUCGAGCCACCUGCAGGAGAAGGCCGACUUUUACCAGAACUUUAUCGACGGUAACAUCACGAUUGUGGAGUUUUGCCACCAGGAGGUGGAACCCAUGUACAAGGAAUCGGAUCACAUUCACAUUAUCGCUAUCUGCUCCGCACUGGAUGCCGGGGUACGGGUCGAGUACAUGGAUCGGGGCGAUGGUGAUCAGGUGAUUGCUCACGAUUUUCCGGACGGUAUCAAACCGAACGUCUAUCUGUUGUACCGUCCGGGGCACUACGAUAUUUUGUACCCCAACAGUCAGCAGGUGUAA